AUGCUGGAUCGUACUAAGAGUUUCCAAAAUUGCAGGGAGACGGACAUUCCUGGCUACAAUGACUGUCCAAGUUUCGUAUACUCUGUGAAGCGAGGCACCGGCUCUCAACAGACAAUCGUGGGUGGACAGGUAGAUACGUUUGGAAGCACGAAAAAGGCGUCUGCACCGCCUCCACCUAUCAGAUCGCGUGUGAGCGGCCGAAAUUCAAGUACAACUGAACUUUCCAGUUCUACAAAAGCACCCUAUAAGGAAAAAGGCGAGAUCAUGCAGGAAAUUGACAGUGUCUUGACAAUGGAGUCCAAGCUACCGCUUGCGGAGCUUGAGUACCACCGCAGUAAAUUCCUGGCGAAUUUUGGUCAAACACUGGACCACGAACAUGGACGACAACUCAUGAGUGGAGUGCUGGAGUUGCUGUACGACGAAUCCAAAAUCAAUAAGGCUCUCACGCAAUGGAUGAUGUCCGACACCUCGACAAGUAAAUGGUGUCCGUCGUUCCGCAAGAUCGUGAGCAACGUGCAAAACAACGCAGUAUAG